AUGCCCCGCACUCGCCAUUCCGAAUCCGGUCAAAUGCUCGGACCCGACUUCGUCUGUGUCCUCAUUCAUAGAUCACAAUUGCACAUGGUCGAUGGGGCUCUCGUCCAGCCACCUGAAGACGUUGGAGAGGUCGAUACAGGAGGCGACGGUCCGAAGCCUAAACGAUCAAGAGGCGUCAAGACGGCAUGCUCCAACUGUCGGGCGGCGGGGAAGCGGUGCAGCGACAAUCGCCCUUGCGACCGAUGCGUCAAGUACGGCCUGCAGCCCUGCGUCGACGCGGAGUCGAAAAGAAAGAAGAAGCCGGCCGAUCGAGUGAACGCCGGAUCGCCGGAUCGAUCUCCGAACCUUCCUUCCGAUAGCCAUCCGUCCUUCGUGCCUAAUCCACUUUCGCUUGAUCCUCUCGACACCGCAGGCCCGUCGAGCCUUGCACACACUGCAAUCAUGAAUGUCUUCGCACUUGGCGGUUUCGACCCCCUUGCAAUGCCUGUUCGCUGGUCUGCCGCCCCGAAGGUCUCCCUCGCUUCUCGUACCCAUAUCGAGAGUAUGGAUGCUGGACUUUCGUCGGUCUCAGGGGCUCAGGAGGUCAUCAAGCAGAUCCUCGCGCGCCGAUCUGUUACGAAGCUCAUCCUCGGACACAAUGAGCUCGGCGACUCGGGUUGCGAGGAGCUCUUCGGGUUCCUGAACUCAGAUGCUGGCCGGAACCACAGGAUAACGCACAUCAGCCUGAACUCGAAUGGGAUUGGGAAUAGAGGGCUUCUGGCUAUCAGCCGGUAUUUGCGCGAUAACACGUCGUUGAAGGAAUUGUUUCUCCAGAACAACAAGUUUACUGGCAAUGCUGACGUUGCCGUCGUGUUUGCUCUUGCGGUCAACGCAUCCCAUCUGGAGACCCUUUCCCUGACGACCAAUCCUCUACUGACGGAUACCUUCGCCGCUCAUUUCCUGCCCCUCCUUGACGCCCCCUAUCUCCACGAAAUUCAUCUAUCUGUCGCCGGUCUGACUCGCGCUUCCGCACUGCAUAUCAUCGAGUACAUAACCUCCCCACGAUGCCAGCUGCACACCCUGAAAGCCAAUGGGAACAACUUCCGCAUUCGCGCUGUCCGGUCAAUGAUCCGUGCAGCAAAUCGUGCCAACUAUACCCUCCUCCGGCUGGAAUUGUACGCGACGGGCAUGUCGGAGCCGAGCGACAGCGACACAUCGUCGAGCGAGAAUGAGGAAGGGGCAAAGGGCAGCAUCACGAGCUGGAAGGACAGCGAGAACGAGCUGAAGCAUAUCCUGACGCGGAACGCCACGCUAAAGCACCAGGUCGAGAAGGAGGCCCUCGCGCUUCUGCGGUACUCGCGACCGCUGCUUCUUCGCCCGAAGGGCCGUGGUCCUCAGAGCAAGCUGCCUGUCACUACUCCUUGCUCUGACUCUUGCGCGUGCGUGCAAUCCUCCGCAGAUAAGCUGUUCUCGUCUAUUGGCCAGCCGCUAGCCCUUAUCCUAUCCGCGACUACCCGCUCCGAGGCAGUGGCCUUCCCGUUCCUCAAGCUCCCGACAGAGCUCCAGCUAUACACGCUAUCCUUCCUCGCACCCAUCCUCUCAGCCGCCCAGCGCAUCCGCAUCUUCACCUACGCAUCUGACCCAUCGACUCUUCCGGCGCUCCUACCCUGUCUUUCGACCGGCGGAGGAUGCAUCCCAGACCCUGCAAGCCUGCAAUUUGGUAUGGGGAGCCCUAAAACCAGCUCCGGCCCUCUCGGAAUCGGUCCUGGGGGCGGCGUGUUCCUGAGGAAACGCGUCGGUGAGUCAGUCUCGGGCUGCGCGAACGGGAAGUGCAUGGGCGCGGGCAACACUGUGGUCUGCCGGCGCGAGGCCGAGCGGGCGCAGUGGCUCGCGUCAGUGCGGUGUAACGCGUUCGAGUUGGAAGGGGAGGAGCAUCCGAGCGAGGAACGACAUGACUAGGUAUUGGGGUAUAGGGCGGAUACUGCGGUAGGACUUGCGCUUGAUGAGGUGUAGGAUAUGUUUUUGAUCUGCGGCACCUUCAUGUAUUCCCUACACGUCCUUUGUAUCCAGGAUCUGUAUAAUAAGUAAUCAGGACUGC